AUGAAACUGGUUGUGGAGGUUAUUAAUGCUCAUGAUCUUAUGCCAAAAGAUGGUGAAGGAUCAGCCAGUGCCUUUGUGGAAGUAGACUUUGAAAACCAGCUUAGCCGAACUAGAACUGUCCCAAAGAACCUCAACCCCACCUGGAACCAAAAACUAGUCUUCCAUUUGGAUGCAACUAAACCUUACCAUCGCCAAACUAUUGAAGUAUCCGUCUACAACGAGAGGAGACUUACUCCAGGCAGAAACUUGCUUGGAAGGGUGAGAAUUCCUUGCUCCAACAUUGUCAAGGAAGGUGAAGAGGUGUAUCAGAUUUUCCCACUUGAAAAGAAAUGGUUUCUCUCACCUGUUAAGGGUGAAAUUGGCCUCAAAAUAUACAUUGCAUCAGAGUCCAAUUCCAAACCAAAACCUCUUUCUCCUGUUUUCCCUUCAGAACAAGAAAAACUCCCACCUUCUACUCCACUCCAAGCACCAGAAUCAACAACGAGUACUACCCUUCCUCUUCCUCAUACUAUUCCCUCGUACAGAACAGCAUUAGAGGCUGGUUCCAUUGAAGACCUUCCUGCAAUUGACAUCCCAAAAUCGAUUACAGAAGAAGCAGAAGUAUAUUCUGGUGCAGAAGUUCGGUCUAAUGGCGUUGAUAUCGAUCAAGAGCCAAAGAAAGAAAGCAGAGAAACUGUGCUAGAGACAACCCAACAACUAGACAAGCACCAAGUUCUCCAGCCGCAGAUGAUUUCAGUAAAGAAAAGACCACCAGGUACUCCAUCCGCCAUGCACUUAGUUGAUCCUCAAGUCCAAUCUAGUCAUCAUGAAAACUAUAAUCACAAUGACACCAAUCCACAGCCUAGGAUUUCAAUAAAGAGGCGACCACAAGCACAAGGUACUCCUUUCACAAUGCACUCAGUUGAUCCACAAGUCCAACCAAAUCAUGGUGAAGGCUACAAUCGCAAUGACACAAACCAGCAGCCAAGAAUUUCAAUUAAGAGACGACCACGAGGACCCGGUACUCCAUCACCAAUGCACUCCUUUAAUCCACAAGUCCGUGCUAGCCAUGAUGAAGCCUACAACCUCAUGGGAACCAAUCCACAACAGCCAAGAAUUUUAGUAGAGAGACAACAACAGAAUACUCCACUCACCACGCACCAAGUUAGUCCCCAAGUCCCUACUAGCAAUGAUGAAAACUACAAUCUCAAUGACACCAAUGCACAUCUUGGCGAACGUUGGCCUAGUGGUGGAGCUUACGGUAGAAGAGGGUGGAUGAGUGGCAGUGACCGAUUCACUAGCACUUAUGACCUUGUUGAGCAGAUGUAUUAUCUGUAUGUUCGUGUUGUCAAGGCGAAAGAUCUCCCCCAAAGCAUCAUCACCUCAAGCUGCGAUCCUUAUGUGGAAGUGAAGCUGGGGAACUACAAGGGAAGAACAAAGCACUUUGAUAGGAAAUUGAACCCAGAGUGGAAUCAAGUGUUUGCUUUUUCCAAAGACCGCAUUCAGUCUUCUGUUUUAGAAGUCUUUGUGAAAGAUAAAGCAAUGGUAGGGAGAGAUGACUAUCUUGGAAGGGUGGUUUUUGACCUCAAUGAGGUUCCAACAAAUAGUCCACUAGCUCCUCAGUGGUACCGGCUUGAAGACUGGCGUGAAGAAGGCAAGGUGAGGGGUGACAUUAUGCUUGCAGUUUGGAUGGGAACACAAGCUGAUGAGGCUUUCUCUUAUGCUUGGCAUUUCUCAACAUCAGAUCAAAGAAACCGCCUACCGGAGGUUUUUGUGAAAGCUCAAGUGGGCUGCCAAGUGCUGACAACCAAGAUAUGCCCCACCAGAACAACCACCCCAUUUUGGAAUGAAGAUUUGGUUUUUGUAGCCUGUGAGCCAUUUGAGGAGCAACUAACAAUCACUGUGGAGGAUCGUGUGCACCCUUCAAAAGAUGAGGUACUUGGGAAGAUAAGCCUACCAAUGACCCUCUUUGAGAAGCGGUUAGACCACAGGCCAGUUCAUUCGCGCUGGUUCAAUCUAGAGAAAUUUGGCUUCGGAAUGCUAGAAGGUGAUAGAAGAAAUGAACUCAAGUUUUCGAGCAGGAUUCACAUGAGAGUAUGCCUUGAAGGUGGAUACCAUGUCCUUGAUUAG